UGUGUGUGUGUGUGUUUCAGCCCUUGAGUGCCAUGCAUACAGGGACCUUUGAAAUGUUUGGAUCCUUUUUUUGUGUGUGAGAGAGUGUGUAGGGCACAGAGAAAGGGAGUGUGUUCAAGAGAAUGUGUUCAAGAGAGUGUUCACUAGAGAAAGAGAGAGAGAGUAGGCACACAGACACAGAGGGCUGUGAUCACAUGCUUCUUUCUCUGCACAGCACGCUGUUUUUGUUUAGCCUCUCUGGUGCAGCUGAGAGCGAGAGUCGCUCACACUGUCAGAGAGCACCGCUGCCUAAGCUUGAGUGGAAAGUUUCCACAGCAUGACCAGAGUCAGGACUCAACUACUCCUGUCCCACUGAGAGUAAGCCAUACCGAAGAAGAGACAGAGAGAGCUCCUGAGCAGGCUUUGACCCCUGACCUCCAGGUGUGGAGGUGUACCAUGUGUUCUCCCGCUCGGGGGGCGUGAACCCAUCUCUGCUGUGAGGAGUCGUCCUGUGGGACCAUGGGAACAUCGACGCUGGGAAAGGCAGCCCCCCUCAACAUGCUACUGGAUGCCUGCAUCCAGGCUUUUAAUGACAAUGGGGAGUUGCAGUCCAACCCGCUCCCUCGCACUCUGCUACUGAUGCAUCGCUGGUAUGUCACAUCCACAGAGCUGGCCGGGAAGCUGCUCGUGAAAUACCGUGACUGCCAGGGAGAUGAGUGCCAAAGAACGAGACUGAAGAUCUGCUAUUUAAUGAGGUACUGGAUUACGGUGUUUCCUGCAGAGUUUAACCUGGACAUGGGCCUUAUACGCCUCACUGAGGAGUUCAGAGACGUGGCGGCUCAGCUGGGCUGUGAGGAACACUACAAACUCAUUGACAUCUCCACCAUCCCGUCAUAUGACUGGAUGAGAAAGCUGACCCAGAGGAAGAAGCAAGCCAAGAAGGGCAAAGCCUCACUCCUCUUUGACCACCUGGAGCCCAUGGAGCUGGCGGAACACCUCACGUUCCUGGAGUACAAGUCCAUCAGGAGGAUAUCAUUCACAGACUACCAAAGCUAUGUGAUGCACGGAUGUCUGGUGGACAACCCAACGCUGGAGCGCUCCAUCGCCCUGUUCAACGGAGUCUCCCAGUGGGUUCAGCUCAUGGUGCUCAGUAAGCUGACACCCCAACACCGUGCUGAGGUCAUCACCAAAUACAUCAACGUGGCCCAGAAACUCCUCCAACUGCAGAACUUUAAUACACUGAUGGCCAUGGUUGGAGGUCUGAGCCACAGCUCAAUUUCCCGUCUGAAGGAGACCCACUCUCAUCUAGCACCCGAGGUCAACAAGAUCUGGAAUGAGAUGACGGAGCUGGUCUCCUCCAAUGGGAACUACUGUGCUUACCGCAAGGCCUUCACAGACUCCGAAGGCUUCAAGGUCCCCAUCCUGGGGGUCCACCUGAAGGACCUGAUCGCCGUGCACGUGGUCUUCCCCGACUGGGUGAACGACGACAAGGUGAACAUCAUAAAGAUGCAGCAGCUCUACCUCACCUUCAACGAGCUGGUGUCCCUUCAGAGUGCUGCAGCCCAGGUGGAACCAAACAUGGACCUCAUCUACCUGCUCACUCUCUCUCUAGACCUUUACUACACUGAAGAUGAGAUAUAUGAGCUAUCCUUGUUAAGGGAACCACGGAACCCAAAGUCUUUGCCUACUUCUCCAACAACCCCCAACAAGCCAAUGGCCCCUCUGGACUGGGCAUCAGGUGUGACAGCCAAACCUGACCCCAAUGUGGUGAACAAGCACAUCAGGAAGGUGGUGGAUUCUGUAUUCAGGAACUACGACCAUGACCAUGAUGGCUACAUCUCUCAGGAGGACUUUGAGAGUAUUGCUGCCAACUUUCCUUUCUUGGACUCUUUCUGUGUGUUGGACAAGGACCAAGAUGGCCUGAUUAGUAAGGAUGAGAUGAUGGCUUACUUCCUGAGGGCCAACCCCUUGCUCCAGUGUAAAAUGGGCCCUGGUUUUAUCCACAACUUUACGGAGAUGACGUAUCUGAAGCCUACCUUCUGCGAGCACUGUGCUGGAUUUCUCUGGGGAAUAAUCAAACAGGGAUACAAGUGCAAAGAUUGCGGUGUGAACUGCCAUAAGCAGUGCAGAGAGCUGUUGGUACUGGCCUGUAGGAAGCUGCCGCGUUCCACCUCUUUGCAAAGUGUCUCCCCUGGAGGCCUGACCCACAGCUCUCUACCCAGCAGCCCAACCAUGCCCACCUUCAAGGAUGAGGACGAGAUGUUUGAGUUCCCCUCAGUGACACCUGGAGGUUCUGACCUGGAGCAUAAGUCCAUCACCCUGAUAACGUGCUCAGCCCAGCGGAUCUCUGUGGGUUUACAGCGGGCCACCACCAGCCAGGCCACGCAGACGGAGCACCUGUGGUCAGAGCACACCUGGGGGGCUGGGGAUGGGGGCUCCCACACCUUCCCCAAGAUGAAGUAUCGACCACACCGGCAGGCCUCCAUGAGCAAAGGCUUUGCCCGCUGGGAGAACGAGGCCCAGAAGGAGCCCAGGGGUCGGCGGGGAUCCCAGGAGCAGACGGACAGACCUGCAGAGGUGGUGCAGAACGGGAUAAUACCACACAGAGAGAAGGACAGCUGACUUGGAGACACCAAGGGCCGAACCCAGGGCUCCAGGAGGCCCUUGGAAGCCCGCAUCAGGAAGCUCUCCUCACUGGGCGAAGUACUUGGCUGCUUGAGGCCUUCGUUUGGUGACCUGGAGUAGAAUGGACAGGUGUUCAGUGAACCACAUAUGAAUACUGAUGUUUAAUCCCGAACCAGGGAUGUGAGUGAUGGGACUGAAAAAGCCCUUGUCCUCAAUGCUCCCCAGCUCUACACACCCUGCCUUCACAACCCAUCAGUGUCAUUGGAAAAGGAUCCUGGACUACUUACAGUACAUGUGAUUUAGGUUUGUUGGGGCUCACCAGUGUUUGACUGACUGAACGUAAAUGAGCGGGUGUCCACCUGUGCCUGUAUGAAUGUUGGAGCAUGUACAUGCUUCCUAUUGCAUUUCUGUGUGGUCUGUGGAGCACAUAUGUGUGUUAUCUACUGUUGAUUUGCUGCAAAAAAUAAGUUAUUUGGGUCACGUGGCUUAGUUGCAAUAAUGUAUCAUGUUUGAUUGACAUUUUGAAGACACUGUGAAUGUUUUAUGAUGGACUGGGUGGGGGAUGCAAAGUGAGAAUGCAUUUGGAGAUGUGAGAAUGCAUUAAUAAGAGAUCAAGAUGUAAAGCAAUAGAAAGUUGAAGGUGAAGAUGAAUAUGAGGGAAAAAGUGGCAGGUACAUUGUUUCUAAGGGUAAUGGAUUAAAAGUGGCAUGACAUGUGGCAUGACAACUGAUGGUCGUUUAUGAGCCAGUUCUAUAUCUUAGUCUGAAAUACAAGAAAUGGUACUUCUUGUGUUAGCAUGAGGAAAAGAACAAUACAACCACUGAGAGUUGUGUUAUAAAUUUAAGGAAAAGUUGUCUUUUGGUUAGUUAAGAAAGCGUUAUUGUUUUCAGUCUUAUUAUUUCAAAGGGAUUUGAACUCUGUAUCCACUCAGGACAAUGUGGUAAACUACAGAUACUUUACAUUUAUUUAUGGGUUUAGGUAUGUGAUAUUUCAUAUAGUCAGGCGAUUCAAUGUUUAAAGUAUUCCGGUUAUUUCAAAGCCUUGCAGGCUGAAUAUGUGAAUAUGGGUCAACAGUGUUUCUCAUUGUCCACAUAAAUAGAGACACCAUUUGAGUGACCUUUGACCUAUUUUCAUCAGCUGAAGAAUCAAGCCUGUUGCAUUCAGGCAGAGGUAAUGGAAUCUCCACUAAGCCUUCAGUCAGUGGAGCACUGAUUACGCACUUGCUUACAGUGGCACCAGGUGUGAGCCCAGGUGCUUGUGCGGUGGUUGCCAGGCAUCAGUUGAGUGAGCAGGUAAGUUCCUCCAUCACAAAGGAUACAGCAGGUUACGUAAGGGGAGGGAGUUUAUUUUCAUCUGUAGAGACUUCUUGUAGGGCCUCAAGGUAGGGACAAGUAGGUACGGGCAGGUGAGUUUGACAUGGAGGUCUCUGUAAUAACAAUAGAGUCUGACCUUCUGUUUGACAAAGUAAGACAGAGCCAAUAACAGGACUGCAGGGUCAGAGGACUCCAUGUUGGGGGAGGAGCAUGGGGGAAAUAUUGUGUAUAUUUGCAAGAGAUAUCCAAGGCUUCAUAUACAAGAGCUAAAAAGGUCCAAUGCAGCCAUUUAAAAAAAAUCUCAACAUCAAAUCAUUUUGGUGUAACAAUUAAGUACCUUACUGUGAUUGUUUUCAAUUAAAAUGG